AUGGAACCCUUUCAAGGACAGCAAGGCGUCACGCCUCCUCCAAACCAAGAAGAUGUCGACAUUACUCAACCCCUUGGCCGCUCUCGAUACUUUGGUCUUCGUGACUUCUUUGAUCGUGUUGACCACUAUGUCACCACUUCGGCCUUUGGGUACUUCUUCACCCUCAGUGGGACUGGACACCCACAAGAGAUUGCUGGAGCGACCUUCUUUCGAGAAGUUCGCGCUGGCAUCACAACCUUUGCGACUAUGGCAUAUAUCAUCGCCGUCAACGCUGCUCUGCUCGCUCAGUCUGGUGGCACUUGUGUAUGUGACUUGACGGAUAGACAUGCUUGUGACAAGAUUGAUUCUUAUGUUGCCUGCAAAGAAGACAUUCGACGAGAUAUCGUCACUGCUACAGCUGCAGUCUCCGGCCUCGCAAGCUUCAUGUUCGGUUUCCUUACCAACCUCCCUGUUGCCCUUGCCCCCGGUAUGGGCCUCAACGCGUACUUCACCUUCCAAGUUGUCGGAUACAAUGGAAGCGGCCCCAUCUCUUACCGUCUCGCACUUACAGCUGUCUUCGUCGAAGGCCUUAUCUUCAUCUUUCUUGCUCUCACGGGCAUGCGCCAGUGGCUCGUUAAGCUUAUCCCUUCUACCAUCAAGACUGCCACAGGCGUUGGUAUCGGCCUCUUCCUUACUGAAAUCGGUCUCUCGUACUCUGCCGGUAUUGGUGCUAUCACCGGCGGUGGAAAGGCUACUCCUCUUGCGCUUGGAGGCUGUCCCCAGGAACUGCUUGAUGAGGUGACUGGCAUGUGUACAGAAGGGCAGAUGUCGAGUCCCAAGUUAUGGGUUGCUGUCUUUUGCGGCGGUAUUGCCACUGCCUUUCUUAUGGCGUUCCGCGUCAAGUAUGCCCUCAUCCUUGGCAUUGCUCUCGUUUCUGUCCUAUCAUGGCCUCGCAACACGCCCAUCACAUACUUUCCACACACUGACGAGGGGGACUCCCGUUUCGACUUCUUCAGUCAAGUUGUUAUGUGGCACCCAAUCGAAAGGACUCUUAACGAGCUCGACUGGUCCUUUGGUGGUUCAGCAUCUCAAUUCGCCCUCGCUCUCUUCACUUUCCUUUACGUCGACAUCAUCGAUGCUACCGCUACUCUCUACUCCAUGGUUCGCUUUUGUGGUGUUGUGAACCCUCGCGACGGUGACUUUCCUCGCUCGACUCUUGCAUAUUGCACUGAUGCUUUCUUCAUCUCUGUCGGUGCUCUGUUGGGCAGUUCACCUGUUACCGCUUUCAUCGAGAGUGGCGCUGGCAUCGCUGAAGGUGGAAGAACUGGGUUGACUGCCAUGACCACUGGACUAUGCUUCACCGCUGCUGUGUUCUUUGCGCCCAUCUUUGCCUCCGUACCACCUUGGGCAACUGGUUGCACUCUGAUUCUGGUCGGCUGCAUGAUGAUCCGACAAAUCACACAAAUCAACUGGCGAUAUAUCGGCGACGUCCUGCCCUCUUUCGUCGUCAUGACCUUCAUCCCUUUCAGCUACAGUGUAGCCUAUGGUCUCAUCGCUGGUGUUUUCGUCUACGCAGUCCUCAACGGCCUUGUCGGCCUGGUUGUCUGGGUUACACGUGGCUAUGUUGAGCCUCGCGAGUACGAUCUCAAAGAGUACUGGACCUGGAAGGGUUCAGGCCGCGCUCCCUGGUUCAUUCGCGCCAUUCGCCACGGUCGAAACACUGGCCAGGAGAGUGAUGAAGACCAGCCAGGUGAUUCUGGUCAUGCCAUGAGAGAUCUUAACUACGACAAUCGUCGUGAGAACAGCAGCUCCAGAACUGCUUCCAGCGGCAAAGACGAUCAGCCCAUGUCGCCCAAUGAACGAUGGGAGCGUUGA